UGUUACCAACCAAACACACUCUCUCUCUCUCCUCCAGUGUUAAACCUCUCUCUCUCUCUCACUCUCACACACAAACACACAGACUGUCUCAUUCCCCAUUUUCUCUCCCAGCUAUAUUUCCGAUAAUAUAUCUUGGAUUUUUCCAAAUAUAUGUGAAUAGUGGGAAUACGUCGUUUUAGAAAUAAAACUAUAUUUUGAAUUUCUCUCAAAAAUCCAGUUGGCCAUUCAGUUGAGGCCAGGUCUGUUUGCUCUGUUCAUUCUUGGUCUGCCCCAACUCCCAAGCUUUCAUUUUUUGUUUUCCCUUUUAUUCUCUCACUAAUCUAUGAAUUGAAGACAAAUCUGGUUUUCCCUCGGCCUCUCGGAGCUUCUAUGAUCUCAAAGGUGCAAUCUUUCCCUUUCUGUGCUAGGUUUUCGUUGAUGGGUAUUUGAUGCUCUCUUAUUCCACCUCAAUUCUUGUUGUUUGAGCUCAAUUUUUCGAUGAUGGGAUUUGGGGUUUCAAUCUGGGUGAUUUUGUUGCUAUUGAAUCUUGCUUGGUGUUCGAGGGGAUUUACACCUGUUGAUCAAUACUAUGUCAACUGUGGAUCGUCGAGUGAUGCUCCCGUGGGUAAUAUUACUUUUGUUGCUGAUAAAUCUGCUGCGAAAUAUCUCACAACCCCUCAAGAAAUAUUGGCUGAUAGCAAUCUGAAUUCGAUAACUAGAGCUGAUGAUUCCCCUUUGUUUAGGACUGCAAGAAUUUUCAAUGGGCCUUCUAGGUAUACGUUUCCGAUUAGGGAGGGGGGUAGGCAUUGGAUCCGCCUGCAUUUCUUCCCUUUUGAUUUCCCUAAUUAUGAUAUGAAGUCUGCUAGAUUCUCUGUUUUCUCUCAGAAGACUACUCUGCUUAGUGAUUUCACCCCUAAGGAUGCCAUUGUUAGGGAAUAUAGUGUUAAUGUGGGGAAGGGGGAUCUCGUGAUCACGUUUUCCCCUUCGAGUAAUUCGAUUGCGUAUGUUAACGCCAUCGAGGUUGUGUCCGUGCCCGAUGGCCUCAUUGCUGAUUCUGCACCUUUGUACACUUCUUCGGGGACGUUUACUGGGCUGGCUGCUCAGCCUCUGCAGACGGUUGCGAGGUUGAAUAUGGGAGGCCCGUUCGUGUCGUUGGUGAACGACACGUUGGGGCGUAACUGGGAACCGGAUAGCUCGUACUUGAAGCAGCCGAAUCUUGCUACUGACAAAUCCAACAUCCCGGCUGUCCAGUACCCUGGUGGCGGUGCAACGCCAGAGGCUGCUCCACAGACUGUGUACGGGACUUGCACGAAGAUGAACUCGGCUGAUGAUCCGAGGAGCAAUUUCAACGUCACCUGGGACAUCCCGGUGGAUCCUGGUUUUCAGUACGUGGUCCGGCUGCACUUCUGCGAUAUUGUGAGUGCUUCGCCUACUGAUCUCGUGUUUAAUGUUUUCAUUGACACGUAUGUCAUUUAUCGGGAUCUUGAGCUAUCUUUGAGGCUCAAUGGGAAGUUGGCUACUGCUUACUUUGCUGAUUUUGUCACCCCGGUGCUAGAUAGAGCUAUCGUUAGUGUAAGCAUUGGUCCGUCUCCUAGGAGUUCUUACCCCGAUGCCUUUCUUAACGGGUUGGAGGUUAUGAAGAUAAGAAACGCGAAGGACAGCCUUGCCGGGGCCUCUGUUUUGCCAUCGUUUCCUAAAUCAAAGAAGAACUUGGUAGUUAUUGUGGGCGUGAGCGUUGGAGUGCCGGUGUUGUUGAUUUUGGUGGGGGUUCUGUUUUUCAUGCACAGGAGAAGGAAGCAAGAGCGUCUCAAAUUCUUGAAAAGUUGGGUUCCUGUAUCAGUUAAUGGUGGAGCUUCUCACACCAUGGGAAGCAAAUAUUCGACUGGCACGACAGUUAGCGUUGGUUCUAACUUGAGCUACCGCAUCCCUUUCGUAGCAGUUCAAGAAGCAACCAACAACUUUGACGAGAGCUGGGUGAUCGGAGUUGGUGGGUUUGGAAAGGUUUACAAGGGAGAAUUACACGAUGGCACGAAGGUAGCUGUUAAGAGAGGCAAUCCGAGGUCCCAACAAGGAUUAGCAGAGUUCAGAACUGAAAUCGAGAUGCUUUCCCAAUUUCGCCAUCGCCAUUUGGUUUCCUUGAUUGGGUAUUGUGAUGAGAAGAACGAGAUGAUUCUGGUGUACGAGUACAUGGAGAAUGGGACUGUGAAAAGCCAUCUCUACGGUUCAAAUCUCCCGAGCUUAGGUUGGAAGGAGAGACUCGAGAUAUGCAUUGGAGCUGCAAGAGGGUUGCACUAUCUCCACACGGGCUAUGCCAAAGCAGUUAUUCAUCGCGAUGUGAAGUCAGCAAACAUAUUGCUGGACGAGAACUUGAUGGCUAAGGUUGCUGACUUUGGACUCUCUAAGACGGGGCCGGAGAUUGAUCAAACACAUGUCAGCACAGCUGUGAAAGGGAGCUUCGGCUACCUCGACCCUGAGUACUUCAGAAGGCAGCAGCUGACAGAAAAAUCGGAUGUUUACUCGUUUGGUGUGGUCUUGUUUGAGGUUUUAUGUGCCAGGCCUGUGAUUGAUCCAUCUCUCUCGAGAGAGAUGGUUAACCUAGCCGAAUGGGCGAUGAAGUGGCAGAAGAAGGGUCAGCUAGAUCAAAUCAUCGAUCAGAAUCUCGUGGGAAAGAUAAAACCAGAUUCCCUCAGAAAGUUUGGGGAAACAGCAGAGAAAUGCUUGGCUGAUUACGGGGUGGACAGACCCUCCAUGGGCGACGUUCUCUGGAAUCUUGAAUACGCGCUUCAGCUUCAAGAGGCAGUGGUCCAGAACGAUCCAGAUGAGAACAGCACGAAUGCUAUUGGCCAGCUGUCUCCACAAGUGGGAGAGUUCAACCACCUCGACACCACCACUUCCGUUGCCCAAUUUGAGACCUCGAGCGUUGAUGAUCUCUCGGGCGUCUCAAUGAGUAGAGUCUUCUCGCAGCUGGUGAAGUCCGAGGGGAGGUAAUUUUAAAUGCUUGUACCAUUUGUUCUUUGUUCCUGUAUCGUUUUCGACCAAUCUUUACAUCAACUCAUGUGUUGCAUCGCGUACGUUUCUUGCUUUCGUAUCGUUUGGAAAAAUUGAAACUAGAGUUGUAUAAGAUUUUGGAGGGCCUCCAUAGGUAUCCUUUGCUUUCUUGCAUUUUGUAAUCUGUUUUAGUCAAGAAUAGCAGAAUUGAUACAUACAUGUAUUUGGUAAUUUGUAGUUACUUUGGUUUU